AUGGGAAAGGAAAAGAUCCACGUUAACGUCGUCGUUAUCGGCCACGUCGAUUCCGGCAAGUCCACCACCACUGGUCACUUGAUCUACAAGUGCGGUGGUAUCGACAAGCGUACCAUCGAGAAGUUCGAGAAGGAGGCUGCUGAGCUCGGAAAGGGUUCCUUCAAGUAUGCCUGGGUUCUUGACAAGCUGAAGGCCGAGCGUGAGCGUGGUAUCACCAUCGAUAUCGCUCUCUGGAAGUUCGAGACCCCCAAGUUCAUGGUUACCGUCAUCGAUGCCCCCGGUCACCGUGACUUCAUCAAGAACAUGAUCACCGGUACCUCCCAGGCUGACUGUGCCAUCCUCAUCAUCGCCGGUGGUACCGGUGAGUUCGAGGCUGGUAUCUCCAAGGAUGGCCAGACCCGCGAGCACGCUCUCCUUGCCUUCACCCUCGGUGUGCGUCAGCUCAUCGUCGCCGUCAACAAAAUGGACACCACCAAGUGGUCCGAGGAUCGUUUCAACGAAAUCAUCAAGGAGACGUCCACUUUCAUCAAGAAGGUCGGUUACAACCCCAAGGCCGUCGCCUUCGUCCCCAUCUCCGGCUGGCACGGUGACAACAUGUUGGAGGAAUCCCCCAACAUGCCAUGGUACAAGGGCUGGACCAAGGAGACCAAGGCCGGUGUUGUCAAGGGCAAGACCCUCCUCGACGCCAUUGACGCCAUCGAGCCUCCUUCCCGUCCUUCCGACAAGCCCCUCCGUCUGCCUCUCCAGGAUGUCUACAAGAUCGGUGGUAUCGGCACAGUGCCCGUCGGUCGUGUUGAGACCGGUGUCAUCAAGGCCGGCAUGGUCGUCGCCUUCGCUCCCUCUAACGUCACCACUGAAGUCAAGUCCGUCGAGAUGCACCACGAGCAGCUCGAGCAGGGUCUCCCUGGUGACAACGUCGGCUUCAACGUCAAGAACGUUUCCGUCAAGGAUAUCCGCCGUGGAAACGUCUGCUCUGACUCCAAGAACGACCCCGCCAAGGAGGCUGCCUCGUUCAACGCCCAGGUCAUCGUUCUCAACCACCCCGGUCAGAUCGGUGCUGGUUACGCUCCCGUUCUCGAUUGCCACACCGCCCACAUUGCCUGCAAGUUCGCCGAGCUCAUCGAGAAGAUCGACCGUCGUUCCGGUAAGGUCAUGGAGGCGUCGCCCAAGUUCGUCAAGUCGGGUGAUGCGUGCAUUGUCAAGCUUGUUCCCUCCAAGCCAAUGUGUGUUGAGUCCUACAACGAGUACCCUCCUCUCGGUCGUUUCGCCGUCCGUGACAUGAGGCAGACCGUUGCCGUCGGUGUCAUCAAGUCCGUCGACAAGACCGAGAAGACUGGUGGCAAGGUCACCAAGGCCGCGGAGAAGGCCAACAAGAAGAAGUAAACAUAGAUGUAGAACCAUCCUUACGUUUCCCUUUGUCUUUUGUCUUACC